GUCUGCAUCAUCAUCACCAACAAUCAACUUUUCUGUGAUGAUGAGUCAAGUGAGCCAACCUGAAGAAAAUUAUAUUCCUAGAAUAGAAGUGGAAAUUACUGUAAGUAACCAGGGCGCUAAUGAACUCUCGAACCUAACUUACUUCUAAAGAACUAUCGUUCACUAAUUGCAAAAGAUUCCUCAUACAGAGAAUAUCAUUGGAUUUACUAUAAUGGCAGAAUAUCCCCAUGGAGCUAGACAGAAGCAGGCAAGUCAUACCACUGACAAAAGAAUUAUAAACAUUAAGAAGUACAACACAGCAGCCUAUGCAGACAUCCAGAAGGCAUUGACCCUUGAUGAACAAGGCAAUACAUCUCAAGCAGUGCAUUUUUACAGUAAAGGUUUGGCAAGUCUUAUGAAAGGCUUAGAAAUUCCAACUAAUGAACCUAGCUGCCAGGGAAUAGAAUGGGACGAAGCAUGCAGACUGCAGAAGAAGAUGAAAAAAACACUCCAGCAAAUGAAAACUCGUUUGGAAAGUUUAGAGCAGUCGCAUGGAAAUCCGUCAAGUGUGUCAAAAAAUGGCAACUCAAGGUGUCUUACAGAAUCGGAUAUGGAGAACCUAAAUAGUAAUUUAAGAAUGGAGGAGGAACUUGUGGAGUUGGGAGAGCCACCAUCUUAUAUAGAAAGUGAGGCAAAUGCAGAUGAAGUGUUCAGUAUUGCUGAUGGUGCACAGAUCUAUUUCAUAAACAAUAAAGGGCAGGUGAGCACACCAAGUAUGCCUAGCUCUCUCAGGAUUUAUGAGUUCACAGAGGAGGUGAGGUCACAGCAUUCCAACCAACCUCCAGCAUUUUUACAAGUUUCUGAUUGGCUGUACCCAUUGGUUAAGGGGCAGUCACCAGUGUUGAAGAGUAAUGAUGGCGCCUUUAUCUUCUUGGAUAUGAUGACUCCAGAGGAGGGGUCAAGUGUUGGUGUCAUGUUCACAGAUACUGUUAAUAGAGCAUCCAGGGCCCUAUUUGAGCAAACACUGAAAAGGUUUGCAACAAUAUGUGAGCAGAAUUCAGAUGGAACUGUGCAAAUGCCCAGAGUAGUGCCACCAAGACCGCCACCUCCAAAAUAUUCAGUAAAAGACCCUAGUCCAUCAAAGAGAGCCUCUAGUGAGGAAGUGGUGGAAGAGGAGCAUAGGCCACCAGGCUGGAGUAAUUCAAUAUCCAAGGGUCUAGCUGUAGGUGCUGUCUGGCUGAGUUGGGGACUUGGAAAAGGGGCAGAGAUGACGGUCAAGUACAUUGACAAGGGAAGCAAGAAGAUGAAGGCCAGAUUAAAACCUGCCGACAAGCCUACUGAAGUUGAAGAAAAGUACCAGACUGGGAUGCAGUGUGCUAGAGCAGCCACUGGAGUAGCUGUUAAGGUCAGCGGAGCUUUAAUUGAUGGGUUGUGCUACAUCAGUAGACGUCUUGCAGAGGAGGUUGCCCCUCAUAUCCGCCAGCAAGGAGAGAAAUAUUUGAAAUCUGGAGAUGACAGCAAAGAUGGCAAGCUGAGCAAGACACUGGAUGGUGUAGUACAUGUAGCCUCUAGUGGAUUGCAAGGAUUUAUCCAAGUUUAUCACACCCUAGAGACAGCAGCAUUUGCAUUAGCAAAAAGUAUACAACUGGCAACAGUGGAUGUUGUAAAUCAUAAGUAUGGAGAUGCUGCUGCUCGUCUGACGGAUGACGCCCUUGGUACAGUGGGUAACCUUGGGGUAGCAGCUUACAGAAUUGACAACCUUGGCCUCAAAGCCAUUGCUAAGCGUACAGCUAAGGAUACCACUAAAGCUGUUGUUGCAGACUAUAAAGAAAAACCAGCUCAACAGACUUUAGGUGAAAGCAAACCCAGCAGAACUGAAAAUGGAUCAUCAGAGCACCGGUAAACUUACAUGGUUAAGACAGGGUCUAUGCAGUAAAUUGAUAUCUAUCAUCCAUCAUGGUAUAAUGUUGUAUCUUAACAACUUUUCCACAUUCACUUUCCUCAGAUCAUACAGAGAGAGGAGUGUUGGUGAAACCUCUAACAUCAAUAUCUGUUGGUAGAUAGGUUUUGUCUUGCAUUUCACCAACAGAUUUGUGGGCAAUUAUUUCACUUCAUUGAAGGCCUGUUUCAUAGAGUGAUACAAAGGCAUGUGACAAAAACUGUCUAUGUUACAGUGCAAUCAAUUUACACAGGGUACAGCAAGUACAAUUAUGCAUGCAUCAUUACAGUUUGUUCUGCAGUUUAGCUGCAUGCUUAGUAACUAAAGAAUUGUUGUUUAGAAUAAUUUUUGUUGAGUUACAGUUUUUUGGAAAUAAUGAUUUUAUGCUAACACCCAUAUUUCUAAAAUGUGACUCGCUCUGGCAAAACCUGCCAUUUGUUUUUUAAUUUCCCACAAGCACCCAAAACAUUUGAGAAUCAGAAUUUUGAACAUUUUAUAAAAGAAAGUAUAUUCAAGAACAUUUCUGCAAAGUAUCGAUCAUUAAAACUAAC